UUAAAUCCCUAAUACCUUUGUAUUUAUCACUACAUCAAUACUUUAUUUACACCAAACAUAUUUUGCUGCAGACCUAUAAGACCUGAAAAGAUGAUACCUACACAUCACCGAACCACACAGUGCCUGUAGCCUGUACAAAUACACGUAGGCCAUAUAAAGUGGCGCCCCCAUUCGCGAGAUAGAUCCCUCCCCCUCACUGUCAGAUGAGCCUGUGCGUCUCCAACCCUCAGUCUGCAGAGAGCCUCGGCCCGCGCAGGAUGUCCCGCCUGCCAUGAGCCACCACGAGCGGCGGGCUCACGACACCGUCGAGUUACUACCGCUCAAGUCUGCCCUGGUCAAUAAUAAUAACUACAGGGAUGAAGAGGACUACUACCCGCCGGCGCCUGUGUUCCAGAAGAACCCUUCCAGCUCCAACCUCUAUGACUACACGCUGCUGUCGAAGCGGACGCCGGCCUCCAAACGGCUGCUCUCCAAGCCGACCCAGCAGGCGGCCGCGCCCACCCCGCUGGUGACUCUGUGCGGGGCGCCCGCGCCGUCCUGCCGCCGCGAGGAGCAGGCCGCGCUCGCCAACCUGCGCAAGAAGGUGUCCCCGGCGCUGCUGCAUCAUGACCGAUACAACAGGAAUGUUGACCACGCGACUAAAGACAAAGAACCAGAAGAACUCGACAACAGGCCUAAAUUACUAAAGAAGGUGCUGCUGGAGCGGCCGGUGAGCAUGGUGGUGCAGUGGAGCGAGGUGCGCACGGCGUGGCAGGACAGCGACUUCAUCACGGAGAGCCUCUGCUGGCACAACGUGUACCGGCAGCGGCAUGGCGCGCCGCAGCUCGUUAUGGCGCCGGAGUUGUGCGACUACGCGCAGGCGUGGGCCAACCACCUGGCGCACACCAACAAGUUCAGCUACCGCAACGACCGCGACGUGGGGCAGAACCUGUACCAGCGGCCCGUCAGCGCGCUGCAGCCCGACGCCACCGGUCAAGAAGUAUCAUCAUACUGGUAUGCAGCGGUGAGGCAGUACAACUUCUUUAAGGAGUCAGAUGUGCUUCAUGCCAAUGUUAAUGCAGGUCACUUCACGCAGAUGGUGUGGGUGGCGACGCGGUUCUUCGGCGUGGGCAAGGCGCGCUCGCGGGCGGGCAAGGUCAUCGUCGUCGCCAACUACUCGCCACCAGGGAACCUAUCAGGUCAGUUCGAAGCGAACGUGCUCCCCCCCCUCCCAGAGACGAUGCCCGACGCCCCUCCGCCGGAACACUGACAGCGUGUCUCCAUACGAGGGCGGCGGCUGCAGAUCGACGCCACUGUGACCCGGCGCUGCCCAGCCAAGCCGGACCUCUCGCAGUUCAAUACCGAUUCUUUUGACAAGAAGUAUGGGUAGGUCUGAGUAGACUGGUGGAGAAGAAGUAUGGGUAGGUCCAGGAUGGCUGGUGGAAGGGUAUUAGGGUUAGCGUGGUUUGUUGGUGAUUACGUUACGUGAUUACUCUGCAUAUUAUUACGCACACAGAGACAGGGCUAAGGUAGUAUAUUUGAUUAUUUCUGGCAUUGGCAGAGUAUGAUUGAUGAUUCAAUAGAAAAGCCUCAAUAUGUCUUACGCAAAACUUUAAAGAUAAAUACAAAGAUGUCCCAAAAGUAUAAUCCAGAAGAACAACAAAUAUCUUAACAAAAAUUCGCUAGUCACUCGUUUAGACGAAACUUGAGCUAAGAUAGAUAGUUUUUGAAUCUACGAAGCUUUUCCUUCAGUCCUAAACCCAUUUUAGAAACAUGGUAAACCAGAGAGAGUUAAAAUUAUGAAUUUUAAAUAGAAUAGCGCCUAAAGCUUAGGUCGAAGCUUAUGAUCAGCGAGCUUCAUGAGUGGCCCUCUUCGCCACAGGUUGUUUUAGCGAUAUAAGCUUAUUAUAUAAUUAGAGAUAGAUACCUACAGCAAGGGUACUAUACUAUAGGCUAGGUUAGGGUACUGUAGACUACACUAUCCUGUGCUUUCAGAAACUACUUAGUCUAAAUUUGUAACUUUCUAAUAGCGGCUAUUGCACACAUUAGUUUUAAAUUAAAGUAGGAUUUCGAACAUGCUUUUUAUUGAUCCAUCUAAGAUCUAGAAUAUCUUCUACGAUAGAUUGUAAUUGCCUAUAUGAGAGCACAUAAUAAUAUGAGUAGGUACUUACUAAACCAUUUCAGACAUUAUAUGCUUAAUCUCGCUAUAUGUAACUUAUUUAUAUCUACUAGACCCACCUCCAUGAAAUAAGUGAUAAUGACACAACUAUGGUUUUACUAUCUUGGUAUAGCUACCAGGCUACCCUACUGAAUCACACUGACUAAGUUAGCGGAGUGUUUAGGUUUAAUUUGCUCCUGCUAUAAGUUACCUAGUUUAGUAACAAGUGUGCAGUUUGUCUACUGGGAAUGCAGCCUAAUUCAACACAAAUAAGUCAAUAGUGUAACAAGACUGCAUAUUAUAUAAUUAUUGUAUAGCACUCCAUAAUAAUGUUAUAUAUUUUUGGAAUUACACAAUUCGUUAAGAUUAUGUUUAUAGAUACAGCAGCUUUAAUAUUAUAGGUUCUUCAAUCUUCAGUAAUAGUGUUUUGGAUAUUGUAAAUUAAAUAAUUUAGACAUCAAUUAUCUAUUUAAUUAAAACAACCCAAAGUUGUAAUGUAAUAUUGUGGUAAAUUUUAAAACCCUGUCUUCCUCAAUAUUGUUUCAUUGUUGCUGAAGUGUUUGGGGUUGAGAUAUAAUUACCUGAAAGGUUGUUUGAAAAACACAACAUGUCCAUUUGCAAUUAUAACAUAUUUAGAUUGGUUAGUGAGUAAUUUUAGGCUUUUAAUAUGCAAGUUUUUAAGGCACAAAUAUUUAUAUUAUAUUACAAAAACAUUAAAAUACAAAAACUAUGUUAACACCAUAUUUUUUAUAAAUUGUGAUGGCCUACUGCAAAGCUACUGUAGUUUAUACCAAUGUUUAAUUGAUGAUAUAUGGAAUUAGAAUAAUAUUAUAGUGUAUGCUAUUGUUUUUUGUUUUCAUAGCAAAAUUAUGCUAUAAUUUAUAGUAUGUCAAGCAGUAUUGAAUGUAGGUAUAUUUUCAGUUUUUCAAUACUAUAAGAUUUUAUAUUGAGUGAGGAAAGGUGAUUUCUAUGAAUGUUUAACAUCAGAAUAGAUGUUGUGGAAGGUUUUUAUGUGCCAAAUUAGUCCUAUCAUCACCUGUUAUAGCUUGUCCGCAUUUUAUUUUUAUAGCCUAAUUAUUUCCCUUUAUAAUUUUAAUAUUGUUGAUUUUUUAAAUAUGCAUGAUCCAAUUAAUUAUACGGCUGUGAAUUGUUAAAACUGUUAAUAAACAUAAUUGCUUCCACAUGGGCUAUUAAUUACAACCCUACAUCUACUUGAUCCUUUACUAAAUUACUGUAGUUGUUAUAAGACAAGGGGGCUGCAUCAAAGCUACCUAAAAAUCCUUAUUAAUCAAGAGCUACUUAGCAUCAUCUGGCAAAUUGGCAGAAGUAACAACAGUUGGAGAGAUGAACGAAUGAGCAAAUGAAGAUAUCAUGAGCAAAAUUUCC